AUGAAGAAGGAAGUAGAGUUGGACUUAAAGGUGAACGUGAGCUUGCAUAAGUGUAAGAGGGCAAAGAGAAUGAUAAUUCAAGAGAUGGAAGGUAGCUUUACAGAUGAGUUUGGGAGAUUAGAGGCUUAUUGUAAUGAAGUGAGGUCAUCAAACCCAGGGUCAGAUGUGAGCGUUGAGCUAAGCCGAGAGGCAUUAGAGCAAGGGAGAAGAGUCUUCAAAAGAAUGUACUUAUGUUUCAAUGCGAGCAAGGUUGGAUGGAGGACAGGGUGUCGACCUUUGAUUGGGGUGGACGGCACAUUUUUGAAAGGGAAAGCAAAGGGAAUACUUUUGACUGCCAUGAGUUUAGAUGCGAAUGAUUCAUUAUACCUGUUGGCGUUUGGGUUGGUCUCAAAAGAAAAUGGGCUUCAUUGGACUUGGUUCCUUCAAUGGCUACAAAGGUCAUUUGAUCUAGGUGAUGGUGAGACUGUAACAGUUAUGAGUGACAUGCAGAAGGGAUUGGGAAACGCAAUGAGUGAGGUGUUGCCUCAUGCAGAACACAGGCUGUGUGCAAGACACAUUUAUGCAAAUUGGAGUAAAUGCUGGAGAGGCAAUGAGCUUAAGAAGAAGUUCUUCACCUGUGCGUGGAGUUCAUUCGAAGAAGAGUUCAAAGACAAUCUAAGGUCUCUUGAAGCAUUGAGCAAACCAGCAGCUCAAGCCAUGGUUACUUAUGAUCCUCAUGCAUGGGUAAGGGCUUAUUUCACACCUAGGUGUAAGUCUUGGAGUGUAGACAACAACAUGAGUGAGUCAUUAAAUGCAUGGAUAGAUGAGUAUAGGUUCUUGCCAGUUAUUCGAAUGUUUGAUGGUAUUAGAGUGAAGAUGAUGGCUAAAUGGGCAGAUAGUGAAAAUAAUGUUAGGAAUUGGACUGCUGAUCAUAGUCCCAAAUGUAUAGAGCUGUUUAAGUCAAAUAGGAUGCUUGCUGUGUAUUGUAGAGUGAACUUUAAUGGUGAUAAAGCUUUUGAGGUGACAGAGAGGCAAGAUAGGCAUACUGUAUACCUAUCUAGGCAGAUGUGUACUUGCAGAGCAUGGGAUUUAACAGGAAUCCCAUGCCAACAUGCUAUCUGUGCAAUGUAUCACGCCAAAAUUGACCCUAGAACCCAAAUUUCCCAUUAUUAUCACAAGGAUACCUACCUAGCUUCGUACCAAACAAAGCUUCAACCUGUAAGGGGUAAACAAUUUUGGGACACUGUAACUUUCCUCCCUAUGCAACCUCCACCGGUCACUAACUUGCCUGGCAGACCAAGAAAGAAGAGAAUUAGAACAGAGGAAGCAGAAAGAAGGAAGAAGAAGUCUGGUUAUGGUGCAGACCCAAUCCCAAUGCCUGUCACUCCUCCAACUAACCAAAGUCAACCACCUCAUGCAGAAAAAUUAAGUAAAACUGGCAAGCAUCACAAAUGUGGGAUUUGCAAUCAAGAAGGGCAUAACAGAAGUACAUGUAAACAGGUAAACCACUUCACAUAA